AUUUUUCUUCUUCCCCUUCUGCCCUCCUUCCUUGCCGACACUCGCAGCUGGGUGUUUCUUGCAAAAGUCCGGUUCUCGCCCAAACCAGCGCUUUUCGCCAAAAUCCUUGUCUGUGUGCUUCAUCGUCGUCGUUAGGAAGGGAGUCUGUCUUCAUUAUUAGUAUUAUAUUGGAUAUCCGACUACUCUACUACACACUUUUUGCACAUACACUAUUGUUUUUUUCGUUUUUCUGUCUCCUCGGGACCUUGCUGAACUGUUUAUCUGCAAGGAUUCCAUUUGUAACCUAGAUUUUUCACACAUACACUUUUCAUCUUUAUCCACAGUUGGGUUUAAAAGAUGGCUCCGCAGGACGAACACUUUGAGUCUUGGGCGGAUGUUAUCCCGCAAGCUCAGGGUCUAUACGACCCCGAAUUUGAGAAGGAUGCUUGUGGUGUUGGGUUUGUUUGUCACAUUAAGGGGCAGCCUAGCCACGAGAUUGUUGCGGAUGCACGCAACUUACUCUGCAACAUGACCCACCGUGGUGCCGUAGGGGCAGACACUCGGGAUGGUGAUGGCGCUGGCGUCAUGUGUUCGAUCCCUCACGAACUCUUUGGUCGCGAGAUUAAGAGAAACUUUGGCAUUGUAUUGCCUCCGCCCGGGCAAUAUGCUGUUGGUAACAUUUAUCUCAAACCCGACGAGGUCGUGAUGAAAGACAGCCAAGAGAAAUUUGAGGAAAUCGCUCAAAGCCUCGGUCUCAAUGUGCUCUGCUGGCGUCCAGUACCGCGCAACAACACUAUUCUCGGCCCAUCCUCCAAAAGCAAAGAACCCGAAAUUUUCCAGCCCUUCGUCACCCUAGUCCGCGCUCACAAUGCCGAAUUUGACUACAAACACUUUGAGCGUCAGCUCUAUCUUCUCCGCAAACAAACUACUCACGCUAUCACAUUAAAGAAAUGGUUCUACAUCUGUUCUCUUUCGAGCAAACACAUGGUAUACAAGGGUCUGCUCGCCCCGGUGCAAGUAUAUGACUACUUUGCUGAUCUGACCAACCCUGGUUUCAAAUCAUACUUUUGUUUGGUUCACUCUCGUUUCUCCACCAACACGUUUCCUUCAUGGGACCGUGCACAGCCGAUGCGAUGGUGCGCUCACAAUGGUGAAAUCAACACGCUUCGUGGUAACAAAAACUGGAUGAGAGCCAGAGAAGGUGUCAUUAAGAGCGAAGCAUUCAAGGAACAUCUGGAAACCCUUUUGCCUAUCAUUGAAGAAGGCGGUUCCGAUUCUGCCGCUUUUGAUAACGUGCUCGAGCUUCUGAUUAUGAAUGGUGUCGUAUCGCUUCCCGAGGCCGUCAUGAUGAUGAUUCCAGAAGCCUGGGAGAACCAGCCCAACAUGGAACCUGAGAAGCGCGCUUUCUACGAAUGGGCCGCAUGUCUUAUGGAGCCAUGGGACGGUCCUGCGCUGUUCACGUUCUCGGACGGUCGAUACGUUGGUGCUUCAUUGGAUCGUAACGGUCUUCGCCCCUGUCGAUUCUAUGUCACGGACGCCGACAUUAUGAUUUGCGCCUCUGAAGUGGGCACUAUCUUCGUCAAACCGGAGACUAUCGUUUCCAAGGGACGUCUCCAACCCGGAAAGAUGUUGCUUGUUGAUACUGAAGAAGGACGUGUUGUCGAUGACCGCGAGCUCAAAAUGAGGAUCUGCACGGAGCGCCCCUUCGGAACCUGGAUCAAAGAUAAUAUGCUCAGCAUGGAGGAUGUUCGCAAAUUCGCUCAGCGGUCGGGAGCUUUCCAUAAACCCGCUCUUGACGAGCACUCGGUGGCAGAGGAUAAGCGCAUGUUGGCGUUUGGUUUCACCAUUGAGCAGCUUAACAUGCUCAUCAUGCCGAUGGUCGCGGACGGUAAAGAAGCCCUCGGAUCUAUGGGUUACGAUACGCCGCUUGCCUGCAUGUCUCGACAGCCAAAGGUGGUCUAUGAAUACUUCCGUCAGCUGUUCGCUCAAGUCACCAAUCCACCCAUUGAUCCCAUCCGUGAGGAAAUUGUCAUGUCCUUGUCCUGCUAUGUCGGACCUCAAGGCAAUAUUCUCGAGAUGACUCCCACUCAAGCACAUCGGCUUCACCUCCCCUCUCCCAUCAUCUCCAUCGAGGAAUUGGAAGCACUCAAGACAUUGCCACGCUUCAGGGCUGAUUGGAGUGUUGCUGAGAUUGACAUUACUUUCCCUAAGAACGAGGGCGUGGCUGGCUACCUCGCUGCUCUCGACCGCGUGUGCUCCGAAGUGUCUCAAGCCAUUCACGAUGGGUUGAAGAUUGCUAUCCUCAGCGACCGCCACGUGUCCUCCGACCGCGUUCCUCUCUCCGCUCUCGUUGCCUUGGGAGGUGUGCACCACCAUCUGGUCCGUAACAAGCUUCGGUCCAAAAUUGCAUUGGUGGCAGAGACUGGUGAAGCGCGCGAAGUCCAUCACUUCUGUGUACUCUUGGGAUAUGGUGCCGACGCUAUCUGCCCGUACUUGGCGUACGAGGCGAUGCUCAAGCUGAAGAGGGAGAAUAUCCUCAGGAGGGAUCUUGCCGAAGACAAAAUCAUUUACAAUUACAUUAAGGCGAGCAAUGACGGUAUCCGCAAGGUGAUGUCCAAGAUGGGUAUCUCCACUUUGCAGAGUUACAAGGCUGCUCAGAUUUUCGAGGCUCUUGGUUUGGACUCUUCGGUUGUUUCCAAGUGCUUCUCUGGUACAGCUUCACGUAUCAAGGGUGUCGGAUUUGAUAUUUUGGCGUUGGACGCCAUCACCUUCCAUGAAGCCGCUUGGCCAUCGCGUGACACUGUCACCAUUGAGACGCUCCCGGAGUCUGGUGACUACCACUGGCGUGAUGGUGGAGAGGCACACAUCAACGACCCGGCCAGUAUCGCGAAUUUGCAAGAUGCUGUCCGCCGCAAAAACACCAAUGCCUACGAAGCAUACUCACGUCAAUCAUACGAGCAGAUCAAGAAUUGCACACUUCGUGGUCUUCUCGACUUCAAAUUUGACAAUUCAAGACCCAUUCCAAUCGAGGACGUUGAGCCAUGGACAAACAUUGUCAAGCGUUUCUGUACAGGCGCCAUGUCGUACGGGUCUAUCUCCUUCGAGGCGCACUCAACACUUGCUUUGGCCAUGAACCGUUUGGGCGGAAAAAGUAACACUGGAGAAGGUGGCGAAGACCCAGAGCGAUCGAAACCUUUGACCAACGGAGAUUCCAUGCGUUCUGCCAUCAAGCAAGUCGCCUCAGGUCGUUUCGGUGUCACGAGCUACUACCUCUCAGAUGCUGAGGAACUCCAAAUCAAGAUGGCGCAAGGUGCCAAACCCGGUGAAGGUGGUGAGCUCCCUGGACACAAGGUGUCCGAAGGCAUCGCUGCUACGCGUAAAUCUACCCCCGGCGUUGGACUUAUCAGUCCCCCUCCCCAUCACGACAUCUACUCCAUUGAAGAUCUUAAGCAGUUGAUUUACGAUUUGAAAUGUGCCAACCCCGCAUCUCGCGUGUCUGUCAAACUCGUAUCCGAAGUCGGUGUCGGUGUUAUUGCUUCCGGUGUGGCCAAGGCAAGGGCGGACCACAUUUUGAUCUCUGGUCAUGAUGGAGGCACGGGAGCCAGUCGAUGGACUGGUAUCAAAUACGCCGGUCUUCCUUGGGAGCUUGGUCUUGCCGAAACGCACCAAACUCUGGUCCUUAACGACCUUCGUGGCCGUGUAGUUCUUCAGACCGAUGGUCAAAUAAAGACAGGUCGUGAUGUUGCCAUUGCAUGUCUGCUCGGCGCUGAAGAAUGGGGUUUCGCAACUGCUCCUCUCAUUGCCAUGGGCUGUACUAUGAUGCGGAAGUGUCACCUGAACACCUGCCCAGUUGGUGUGGCUACUCAGGACCCUGAACUGCGGAAGAAGUUUGAGGGUACUCCUGAAGACGUUGUGAAUUUCUUCUAUUACGUCGCCGAAGAAUGCCGUACGAUAAUGGCCAAGCUUGGUUUCCACACGAUCGAUGAGAUGGUUGGUCGUACCGACUUCUUAACGGUCAACGAGGCCGUCAAGAAUCCCAAAACCCGCAACCUCGAUCUCACACCGAUCCUAACUCCCGCUUUCACCCUUCGUCCUGGUGCAGCUACUCAUAACGUGAAGAAGCAAGAUCACAUGUUGUACAAACGUUUGGACAACAAGCUGAUCGAGCAGGCCAAGCGGGCUCUUGAGACGCGUCGUCCUGUUCAGAUCGCGGCCGAAGUUGUGAACACUGACCGUGCCCUCGGGGCCACACUCAGUUACGAAGUGUCAAGGGCCCACGGUGAAGCAGGUCUACCGGACGGUACAAUUCACGUGCAGCUCACAGGGUCCGCCGGUCAAUCUCUGGGAGCUUUCUUGGCUCCUGGUGUGUUCAUUGAGUUGGAGGGUGACGCCAACGACUAUGUAGGCAAAGGUCUUUCGGGAGGACAAAUUGUCGUAUACCCUCCAAAGGUCUCCAAGUUCAAGGCUGAAGAGAACAUCAUUGUUGGAAACGUUUGUUUGUACGGUGCUACCAGCGGUAAAGCCUUCUUCUCUGGAGUUGCCGCCGAGCGUUUCGCGGUCCGUAACUCGGGUGCGAUUGCUGUUGUCGAGGGAGUCGGUGACCACGGUUGUGAAUACAUGACUGGUGGUCGUGUGGUUAUUCUCGGUCCUGCUGGACGCAACUUUGCUGCUGGUAUGAGCGGAGGUAUCGCCUACGUCCUCGACCAGGAGGAUCGCUUCCACGGAAUCUGCAACACGGAGAUGGUAGACUUGGAUCGCGUGAACGAGGUUGACGAUGUCAAGUGGCUCAAGGAUUUGAUUACCGAACAUUACACGCUGACCGGCUCUGGCGUCGCACAACGUGUCCUCCAGAACUGGCACAAGGCUCUGCCCAAGUUCGUCAAGGUCUUCCCUCGUGAUUACAAAGCAGUGUUGGCAAAGAAGAUGCAGGAGAAGGAAGGCUCCCUCAACGCGCCAAAGGCUGAGCCCGCUCCUGCACCCGCACCCCGUAAAGAGCCGCUCCUUCUUGACCUUGAAGACAGUGUUACGGACGAAGCUAUGGCGAAGAAGCGUGUCGCCGUCGUUGACAAGGUUCGCGGAUUCAUGAAGUACAACCGUCAAGGCGACCAAUACCGGAACCCACGCAAGCGUACAAAGGACUGGAAAGAGAUCAACGCGCGUUUGAACCCUGAAGAUCUCAAAGUUCAGGCUGCUCGUUGCAUGGACUGUGGUGUACCCUUCUGUCAGUCGGACAAUGGAUGUCCCAUUGGUAACAUCAUCCCCAAGUGGAACGACCUUGUCUUCAAGAACCAAUGGCAAGAGGCUUUGGAUCGCUUGCUGAUGACCAACAACUUCCCCGAGUUCACUGGUCGCGUGUGUCCAGCUCCUUGCGAAGGUGCUUGUGUCUUGGGCAUCAACGAGUUGCCCGUGUCGAUCAAGAGCAUUGAGUGUGCCAUCAUUGACCGGGGUUUCGCAGAGGGAUGGAUUGUUCCCACCCCACCAAAGCACCGUACUGGAAAACGCAUUGCAGUCAUUGGUUCUGGACCCGCUGGGCUUGCGGCUGCCGAUCAACUCAACAAGGCUGGUCACACUGUGACGGUAUACGACCGUAACGACCGUAUUGGAGGUCUGCUUAUGUACGGUAUCCCCAACAUGAAGCUUGACAAGGCUAUUGUGCAGCGCCGUGUUGAUUUGAUGGCGGCUGAAGGUGUUGAGUUUGUCACCAAUGCGCAUGUCGGCAAGAACGUGGAUGUCCGCAAGUUGAAGGAGGACAAUGAUGUCGUGGUGCUCGCUAUGGGUGCGACAUGGCCUCGUGACUUACCUGUGCCGAACAGGAACUUGGAUGGUGUGCACUUUGCCAUGGAAUUCCUCCAACGUAAUACCAAGAGUUUGUUGGACUCUGACCUUCGCAAUGGCGAUUACCUCAGUGCUAAGGGCAAGCACGUUGUGGUUAUUGGCGGAGGUGAUACUGGUACUGAUUGCUUGGCUACAUCUUUGCGUCACGGCGCUGCAAGCAUUGUCAAUUUUGAACUUCUUCCCCAACCCCCAGCAACGCGUGCCAAGGACAACCCAUGGCCCACGUUCCCCCGUGUCUUCAAGGUUGACUAUGGUCACGCUGAGGUCGCUGUUCACCACGGCAAGGAUCCCCGUGAGUAUUGCAUCUUGACCAAAGAAUUUGUGUCAGACGGCAAAGGUCACGUCAAGGGUAUCAACACGGUUCGCGUUGAAUGGACCAAGGACGAGAAGGGCGCAUGGACGAUGCGUGAAGUUCCAGGCACGGAGAAGUUCUUCCAAGCCGACAUGGUUCUUCUCGCCAUGGGAUUCUUGGGGCCGGAGAAGGAUGUCAUGCAGCAGUUGGGUGUUACCCAGGACGCUAGGACCAACAUUAUCACCCCCAAGAACAGCUACGCGACCAACGUUCCAGGCGUAUACGCUGCCGGUGAUUGCCGACGAGGGCAGAGUUUAAUUGUAUGGGGUAUCAAUGAAGGACGACAAGCUGCGAGGGAAAUCGAUCUUUAUCUAAUGGGCAACACACGAUUGCCGGUGCCGGGCGGUAUCGAGCAACGUCCAGUGGAACUAUUGGAGCGGGUUGCAUUGGCUUGGGCAUCUGAUGGUCGGGGCGGCACGGCAGGUGUUGCGUAAACAAAAAGUAUGGGAGAAUUGGUUGCUUUUUAGUUAAUCGGGUGGGGCGGUGGCAGGGGAAUGUGCUCACAAGCUACCGCUUAUGGUCUACCAGAGUCUCACAAUCAAAACCCUUGAGGUCUCGUUGGGCGACGAGCCUAGGAGGGCGGAAUGGAAGGUGACGGUGGACAGAGUGUGGUGGGUGGAGAGUGUGAGGUUUGAGCACGAGCAGGCACAUGGAUGAACAUUCAAGCAGUAUUGUGUUCGACAUGUCAGCUACUACUUUUUUUUAUUCUUAUUCUCAUUGUCUUUGACAUGUUUUUUUUUGUUGCGUGCGUGUAAAUUGCCCUUUGCUGAAGGGAGCAUUUGUGAAUACAUUUUUAGUGUACAUG